GAUGGCCCAGCUCGUCGAGCGCACCGCGCGGCUGGAGAUCUCGCCGCCGGCGGCUGCCCCAUCAGUCACAGAGGCGGCUGCCGAGGCUGCCCCACCGAUCACCCUCGACGCCGCCGCCAUCGCGCAAGCCAUAGAAGCCACGGGCUACUGUGUGGUCGACGACGCCCUCGGGGCCAUGCACGCGGAGCAGCUCGGCGCGGCCUGCCGCGCCGUACCGAAGGCGCCGGCCACCAUACAAGAAGGAACAGAUCGAAUCAACGAUAGCAAGCGGCGGGACGACUCCGUCGCGUUCCUCAAGGACAGCAAGGCGCCUCCGAUAGAACGGCACCGCGCCGCCAUGGAAGGCUUACGACUACAGCUCAAUAAUCAACUCAACCUGAACACGGACGCCUGCAGCUUCAUGUGCGCCGUCUACGAGGCCGGCGCUUCUGGGUAUGUCAAGCAUCGGGACUCGGCCCCAACAAAACCGUCCGGCCGGAAGCUCACGGCGAUCUAUUACCUCAAUCCGAAUUGGCACGCUAAUGCAAAGGGCGAAUUACGGUUAUGGGAUUCAACAGGUGGCGUGCGCUUGGUCGAACCGCGAAAUGAUAGGUUGGUCGUGUUUCGGUCGUCCUUGGAGCACGAGGUCCUCUCGACGAAGAUUGAUCGGUUGGCGCUGACGACGUGGUUCUUCAACCGGCUCGAGCUCGGGCUCGAGCUGAUUAAAGAGAAACGGGACGCGCAGCAGGAUUUGUUCGAGUGCGAGCGGGGCUGCGGCUUCCGCGGGCCCUUCGCGGACGUGGAGAAGCACGAGGAGGCGUGUAAGUACGUGGCAUAG